CUGUGGAGGGUGUCUGUGUGAAGGUAGUGAGGGUUAUGGGAUUUCCUGGUUAUCCUAGAACAACCAGGCUUAACUCUUAGGAACCAGGAUGAUUGUACAGUUUUAGAUAUUAGAUUUUGAAGAGUAGCCAGCACAGUUAGCAAUACUGACAAUAAAUGAUACAAUCAUGACUGAUGGUAUUUGUUUGUUGACACUGUCUCCUAUUUAAGGACCUUUUUUUGUUUCAGCAACAGAACAAUGAUAUGUAAAUGUUCGGUAUAGCAUAGAUUAGUUUACUAUUUGUUUAUGGUUUUAAUUAGAGCAUGUCCCAAUGACAGUGUUGAUGUAGUUUUGUUCCACAGCUUCACAAUAAAGUCCCUUUAUUAUGUCUGUUUAUGUCACAACCACAUGGGGCUUUUUAUAUGGGAGCAGUGUGUCAGUGUGUGAAAGGUCAGGCCUUACCAAAGCACAUGAGACAGGGAUGGAGUAAGAGACAGAGUGAGGGGGGACUGGGAAGGUCAAUCCCAGCCCCAUGGGGACAUGCUUUUGUUCUCGGUAACACCUAUGUGACAUUCAGUUAUGCCUAUUCACUGAAACUGGAAUUUUAUUUUGAUAUUUUUGGUAUAAUGUAGUUAGCAAACACCAUUCCUAAGACAGUUUUUUCCCUUCCUUUUAGCUAUGCUAGCUUCCUUUAGGGAUGCAAUGUUGGUUAAGGUCCUAUUUGAGGGAUUGCUGUGAAAAGUGGUACAUACAGUACAUACAUGUCACUCUCAGAAUGUCCAACUCAUCCAGUGCUAUCAUUAUGUCAGAAUCUGCAAUGACAUUCCCAUCAGCCUCAGCUGUACUUUGCAUUUAGUGCUGGUACGCAAACGUUUGCAUGCUCACGUGCAAAAUUAUAAGUUGGUAAACAUUACUGAGAUAAACACCAGCAUUUCAACUCUGUCAUUGAGAGCAUGUUAGCAAGCUGGCGUUAGCUAAACACUCCGCUCCCUCUAAGUAGGCAACAGACUCACAGAGGUCUCUACAGCUAGCAUGGCUGUAGAUUAUUGGUCUUGUUUAUGACCCACACACAUUACAUCAAUCCUAAACAACUCCAGAGUCCACUUUUGAAGCCAAGUAAUCACAGUUUUGAGUGGAUGCUAAUUUAGCCAGUGUUCUUACCAUUUGAUAUUUUCUUCAAAUGUGACAAAAGGCCGACACACUCAAGAGCACUUUGAAAAAAAUGAUUCAUCCAAAGUAUUCCCCAUCUCCAAGAUUGUGCACGUCUACAUUUCCCGAUUGAUCACAUUCCUGCCUCCAUCAUGUCGCUGCUGACUCACGUACUGGCUUGCCUGUUCGGUAUGGGCUCCUGGGUGGCCAUCAACGGGAUGUGGGUGGAGCUGCCCCUGGUCGUACCGCAGAUCCCAGAGGGCUGGUAUCUGCCAUCAUACCUCACAGUCAUCAUCCAGAUGGCCAACAUAGGUCCUCUCUUCAUCACUCUGAUGCACCGCUUCCGCCCCGCGGUACUGGAUGAGCGGCUGGUCAUCUACUCCAUAGUGGGGCUGGGGAUCGUUGCUACAUUCCUGCUGGCUUUCUUCUGGAGGCACACAGUGACGAUAGCGGCCUCUUUGCACAGUGUACCCCUGCUGGUGUUGAGCUUCCUACUCUCUGUGGUGGACUGCACCUCCUCUGUUACAUUUCUGCCUUUCAUGAUGCGGCUUCGCCCAGAGUACCUCACCACGUACUUCGCAGGCGAAGGCCUCAGCGGUCUGGUGCCUGCACUGGUGGCUCUAAUUCAAGGUGUUGGCGUAGUCCACUGUCAGAACGCCACUUUAGCAGAUAACGCUACUGUUGGCAGUGGAGAGCUACAAGCUGUCUACCAGCCAGCUAAAUUCUCUGUCCAGGUCUUCUUCGUGUUCCUCAGUGCCAUGAUGGUUGUGUGCCUUGUAGCCUUCGUCCUACUCAACCAUCACCCAGCUGUGGCUCGAGAGAGAAAAAACGACUUGUACUUCAGUGGUGAUCUGGCCUCUGGGAAGAGAGAGGAAGGUCUUUCCCUGCAUGCCCAGACACCAGAGCAGAAGCCUAUGAUCUGCCCCCAGGAAGCCGUUAGGAGGGAGCCCAGGAGCUCUUUUGGGAUGGGCACGUAUAGCAGUCUGGAGGUGGUGUUCAUCUUUGUUGUACUGGCUUGGGUCAAUGCUCUGACCAACGCAGUGCUGCCCUCAGUCCAGUCCUACUCCUGUCUGCCCUAUGGGAACAAGGCCUACCAUCUAGCUGCCACCAUGGCAGCUGUUGCCAACCCAGUGGCCUGCUUUAUCGCCAUGUUUGUGCCGAUUAGGUCUCUCGUCUUGAUGGGUUUCUUGGCCAUGGUUGGGACUGGAUUUGGAGCCUACAUCAUGGCCAUGGCUGCUCUCAGUCCCUGCCCCCUGCUGGUUCACAGUCACUCUGGAACUGCAGUUAUAGUGCUGGCCUGGGUCCUGUUUGUCCUCUCCCUGUCCUACGUGAAGGUCAUCAUUGGGGUGAUUCUGAGGGAUGAAGGGCACAGUGCCCUCGUGUGGUGUGGAGCAGUAGUGCAGUUGGGCUCCAUGUUUGGUGCCGUGUCCAUGUUCCCAUUAGUUAGCGUUUAUGGACUUUUCAGGUCAGGUGAUGCUUGCAACACCAAGUGUCCAAUGUUGUGAAUAAAUAGGUUACACUGCUGUACAAAACUGAAAUAAUUUUUCUUUGAUGCACUGAACGCAUUGCAGUCGUGAGCUUUACAUAUUCCUAUUGUUACAGACCUGAGCUGUAUCACUCCCUGAUGUUGUUUGAGUCAGAUGGUUUAUGUUUUAUACAGAUAUCUGUCAGGAUUGACUAACAGAGCUCAGCACAAGGAUGAAAUGACCUCAACAUUAUUAACGCGUCGGAUCACACAAGACCACUUUGUUGUCGAGCAUAUUACAAUUCCUUCUCAAUCUAGAGGUCAAAGCCAGUUUACUUGAACUGUUAAUAUGAUGUGAAAGUAUAAUUGAUUUGAUGUUACUUUUAUAAGAACAUAAUGGUACUUUGGGCUUUAAAAUGUGCCUUCAUUUUGACUAUUUUGGUGUACAUGUUCUACAUUCUAGCUUGCUUUGUAUAUGUUACUUGUGCGGAGAAACUGUUCACAAAUACCAAAUAAAACAUGUUUUAUUGUUGCCUGAA